CAGGAGGGGGUGUGGACCCGGGGUGCAGUUUUACUGCGCGCGCUGGAAGGUGAAGCUUAACUCGGUGUGUGUGUGUAUAUGUGUGUGUGUGUGUGAGAGAGAGAGAGAGAGAGAGAGAGAGAGAGGAGUUUUCCUGCUGUUUUUCCCUCGCUGUUUCGUCUCACCGCAGGACACACUCCUCGCUCCUCAGCUCAUGUCCGGCUCGCUCACACCUUCUCCUCACACACAGCUCUGAGGACAGACAGCGAGCUUUUCCUCGGCAGCGGAAGAAGUUCCGUGUUCUCCUGAGAGCACCUUGAGCACAAAUCAGUGGCGUCACAGGUAUAAAGGAGCAGAGGAUCCGGAAGAACUCGCACUUCAAGUUUACACUCUUCCCAACGUGGACCUCGCAUUUACCUGCUACACACUUAACACACACACUCACUCACACACUGACACACACACUGGCGUUCAACAUGAUGGACUUAAACAAAAGGAAGCUCUUUAUCCUCGUGGAUGUUCUGUGUGUGAUUAUCGCGGCAAUGCCAUUCGUGCUGAUGACCAUAAUCUUCCGGCCAUACCAGCGAGGCGUGUACUGCGACGACGAGAGCAUUCGUUACCCGUACAAGUCCGACACCAUCUCACACGGCAUGAUGGCUGCCGUCACCAUCACCUGUUCCAUCAUCAUUAUUACCACAGGAGAAGCCUACCUGGUCUACAGCAAGCGCCUUUACUCAAACUCGGACUUUAACCAGUACGCUGCAGCGCUCUAUAAAGUCGUGGGCACGUUCCUGUUCGGCGCCUGUGUGAGCCAGUCUCUCACAGAAAUGGCCAAAUUCACAAUCGGACGCCCACGGCCCAACUUCAUGGCCGUGUGCAUGCCGACCGAGUGCAAGGGCUACAUGCUAGACAUUAACUGCACGGGAAACAAAAACAACGUCACCGAAUCCAGAUUGUCCUUUUACUCUGGCCACUCGUCCUUUGGGAUGUACGCCAUGCUGUUUUUGGCGUUAUAUGUGCAGGCACGCAUGGCGUUCAAGUGGGCCCGUCUUCUCCGACCCACCAUUCAGUUCUUUUUGGUUGCGUUUGCGAUUUACGUAGGAUACACACGGGUGUCUGAUUACAAACAUCACUGGAGCGAUGUACUUGUGGGUCUGUUGCAGGGCGCGCUCAUCGCCGUUCUUAAUGUGCGAUACGUCUCAGAUUUUUUCAAGGAACGUCUUCCGCGCCAACGGCACCCCGAGAUGUCGGAGACCGACGAAUCGGAGCACAAACCAAGCCUGCAGAUAGUCGAGCAAGAGAGGAAUCACCAUUGCAGCUUUACUGGGACUGUAUGAGAGACUUUCAGUGUACUGUCAUCACACCAAACCCAGAAAGUGUAUAUAAAUAUAUAUAACCACUGGACAGGCUGCAAUGCUGCUCACUAAUUCCCCCACAUCUGCAUCCCAGAGGCAUCAGUGCAGCUACUGUAGCCACUAAAGCUGAGUGGCACUGACUACAGACUCGCCUCCACACGUGGAUAAUCUCUCCUUUAUAUGCCUGUGCGAGUGUGUGUGUGUGUGUGUGUGUGUGUGUGUGUGUGUGUGUGUGUGUGUGUGUGUGUGUGUGUGUACGGCAUCAUAUAGUAUCCCUAUAUUUUGUCCUUUCUGUAGAGAGUCUGAUGUAUUUAUACUUUAUACUGAUUACAUAAAUCAUUUUUUUAGGUCUAAAGCACAUGAUCCUCAAAUCAAAAUACAAUCAAUUGAUAUUUUUGAUUCCAAUGAAUAGAAUUAAAUUGUAUCAAAAUGCAACGACUUCAUGUGAUUUGAAGAGUUAGAAAUCAGUUCAGGAGUGAAGUGGGGGAAGGUCGUGGGUCGGUCCGUUGAAUUUCAAGAAGCCGUGCCACUGAAAAUGUGUGAGAUAGAGUUCAGAUGUGUUCCUCAUCCACUGCAUUGUGACGAGUAACGCUAAGUUGCCGUUUUUUUUUUUAAACAUAGUUUUAAGACGUUUUUAAUGAAAGUAUAUCCUGUGGUGGUUGAUUAUAGUUAUGACCCUCCUGGUGAAUGGCAGUAGUGUCUUAUAUAUAAAAAUCCCCAUCACAUUCACAAGGUGGACUGCAUAAUGUGACUAAUUUUUACAUUUUUUUAAAAAAAUUAUAUGAUAUUAUCUAACUUCACCAAUACCACUAGCUAACUAAUGCAUAUUGCAAGCUUAUAACUUUUUCCUACUGCUUUUUUUUGUAUUGUUUAUGUGAAUUUAGGGACAAGAGGAGUUCAUAUAAUCUCAUAACGGAAAGAUGUAAUUUUAAAAAGUGUAAAAAAAAUAAAUAACUGAGUAAGAUGAUGAAAAAUAGGCUUAAGGACGCAACAUUUUUCCUCACUGCUGCCAGCACAGACUGGUCUUCAGUAAUCUUGUGUAAUCUAGUAGAAUUUAUUUGGAUUAGUAACGUACUGCGAUGUUGCGUUCAAGAAAUUUCUAGUAUGAAUGCUUUGGGAGUGGACCUCAUGACAGAUCUCACGUGUGUCUGGCACAGAUCCCCACUGCAGAAAAAGCUUCAGCUCUUGUAAAACUGCCCAAGGCACAUGGUUAGGAUUUGUUAAUGUUCAUAGCAUAUGAUUUUUUUUCCCCCUUCGUGGCAGUGCUCAGUCUAUGCACGUAAACUCUAUCUCAUCUAGCCCUAGAUACAAAAUUCAUACCAGUAACUUUUCCCUGGAACGUGAUUGCCAUCAUUUUUAUAUGAACCACGUGUUGGGCAUUAGAGCACAUAAUCACAAGACUGGGGUCAAAAAUUGGAGUCACAUCUGAUUAGGACACGACAUUCACCUUGUUAAGCAAAGUCGUAGCUCUCUAAGCCUGUGCAAAACCAUGGUGCAAAAAAUGAGUGUUUGCGUGUAUAAAAUAAGUAUUCAAUAUUAGUUGUGUAUCAUUUUGUACUCUUACAUGACUAAUAAUGAAAUUACUGUAAUUUUUUUUUACAUACAAUAUAUUCACAUCGCAAAUUGAUCUAUAUGCUGCACAAUGAUGUAUUCCGUCUACAGAAAUAUGACUCCGUGCGAAGUCGUUUCACAUUCACUGAUUCAGAUUACGCACAUUACUUAUGCUAACAAGCUCUACUAUGAGAUGUGCAUUUCAGCAACAUUGCUUAGUUUGCGAGAUUUUUAAUACACUCUAUAUUUACUGAGCAUGAGUUGAUUUUUUCCCUUUUUCUCCAACAAACAGAGCCUCACUGUGUUCCUCUGGUGUAGCUGCUGAAAGCCAAAGGCCUUAAAAUAGAGCAGGCCCCAAUGCGGGGGAGAGCUUCCCUACUGCAAAGCAUCUUUUAUUUUAUUUGUGUACUAAAUUGAAUGUGGAACAAAUUCAAAAUGCAUACCAUAUUCCUGCAUUUUCACACAGUUUGCAACAGCGCAGUAUCACUGAAUAUGUUUGAAUAAUCUCUUUUUUUUAAUAUAUAUAUUGUUCUAUUGCCUGCACAAGCCCUGAUAUUCCCAUUAUAGUUCUCAGUUAUAGUUCUCAGUUAAUAUGUACUAAAAUACACCAGUUUUUGGUAUAUUUUGUAAUCUCUUUUCUAAGCCCUUGGGAUUUUCAUUAAAAUGUGAGAAUACCUCCAAACCCAAGACCAAGAUAACCCCUAAACCUGACCAUUUCAAGUGAUACAGUGAAAAUGAAAUACAAACGAAUAAACACUGGUGAAAAAGAUCCGUUAGUGUGACCUUCAGAUCAGAAAUGCUGGAUAAAUAAUGGAUGAACUGGCUGAAACGAAUACAAAUAUUUCUAAUGUGUACCGAUCUGUCUGUAUCUGUCUGAUCCCAAAGCUGUAUUUACAUAAUGUAUGGUCAUGGCACAGUUUAUAUAUAUAUGUAUAUUUUUUAAGUGAGUGAAUCCUCUGGAUAAAGUUUUAAUUCUAUCCACUAAUUUCUAAUUAGGCCUCUGAAUUUGUGUGUUUGUGGAUGCAUGAAGCCAAGUGUCUGUAGCAGGUGAGUUUUAAUGUUGUUCUGUCUAAUACUGUGGCCUGCACACUGACUUUCCCAAAGCUUUUGAUUGUAUGGCUUAAAAAUAUUGCACACAUCAAAUAUUUUUCUAUAUGUAUUUUUAAGUUUUUAUGUCUUUAACUACUGCAGAUUAAUAAAAAUCAAUUACUCGUGUA